AUGGACGCCUCCUCCCUCCGCAUCUCCAAGUUCGAUGGAACUAACUUCCACGCCUGGAAGUUCAAGAUGCAGAUGGUGCUGGAGGAACGGGACCUAUGGGAGGUCGUCAGCGGUGAGAUCAAGGCGGAACAGUGCGAGACUCAGUUGGACCAAGCGACGUACAAGAGGAAGUCAAGAAAGGCGAUGGCAGUGAUCUGUCUAGCCAUGGAAGAUUCCCAGCUACCGUUGGUCCGGUCGGCAAGUGGUGCAUGCGACGCAUGGUCAAGGUUGGAAGACCACUUCGAGAAGAAGAGUCUUGCCAACAAGCUGUUCUUGCGCCGUCGCUUCUUCACGACAAUGAUGGAAGAAGGCGACGAUGUGCUCGAACACAUCAACAAGCUCAAGACGCUGGCGGAACAGCUAGAAGCGGUGGGGGCUCCAGUCUGCGAGGACGAUCUGGUGAUCACACUCCUCGGCAGCCUGAGUGACUCGUAUCAAUUCUUGAUCGUAGCUUUGGAGUCGCGCUCAGACACUCUUAGCUGGGAGCUCGUGACGUCUCGACUGCUUCAUGAAGAAAUGAAGCGGAAGGAGCAAGGAAGUAAAGGUGAUGAAGCUUCGCAAGGUCAAGCGUUCAUCACAAGGGACAAUCAGCGCAAAGGGCGACCAGUGAAGAAGUCCUGGCCGUGCCACAAUUGCGGAAAGAUUGGUCACUGGAUGGCGGAGUGCCCCUCGCGCAUCCAAGAAAACACGGAGAGACACCGGCCACAGCGUGCUCAAGACAGCGGCGACCGCUAUCGAUCACAACGUGCAAACGUCGCUCAAGAAGAAGACUCGGGCGACUACCUCUUUUCGAUCGAAGUUCAUGCGGAACUACAAGGGGUUUGA